AUGUCUGGUGUCCUCGAGUACCCACCAAUCUCACUGCAGGAGGCGCAAUUGUUGCGACCAAAGGAGCGUUAUCUACCCACAGAGAUUCUCUCUAAGAUCUUUCUUGAACUCAUCGACAUGGAAUCCAGCGCAUUUCAAGGCGAUCCCCCGCCAGCCCCACCGUCCAGCCCAUCGAUCCGCCCGUGGACAUCUUUCUCUCCUGUAGCCACGGUUUUGGAGCGCGUCUGCAGACGGUGGCGAGACAUCAUCCGGCACACUCCGCGCCUGUGGACGAAUAUCAAAGCCUGCCCUCGGUCUGCAGAUAUUCGAGACUCGAGGACAGCCUCUCUUCUUGAGGCCUCCGAGAAGUGGCUCGCUCGGUCGGGAAAGCAUCCUUUGGUGGUCGUUGUCAGAGCCAAGCCGAUAUUUUGGCGCGUUCCCGAGCGUUUCGAUUCCAUUAAGUUGUUCUUUGCGAUGUUAUGUCGACAAUCCGCUCGUUGGAAGGAGAUAGAAUUCGUAGUCAACCACUUCGAUGUCUUCCCGGAGCUUGAUGGAGGAUGUUUCCCCAUUCUUGAAUCCUUGACCAUUCGCACGACAGCAUAUGUCCCGGGGUACACUAUACUACGAUCCACCCAUUUCAUGCAAUCUCUAAAGACCAUGCCGAAUCUUCGCUCUGCGGACAUCGAAGAUCUUCAAUUGUUGGAGUGGAUACUUCCAUGGUCACAGUUGACGUCUCUUCGACUAAACAAUACCCUACUCGGCCCGGACGACAGAGGCACGUUCCCUACGAGGAACUAUAUCCUCAACGUUCUUAGUGAAUGCUCCAAUCUGAGAACAUUGCGACUCUCCCUCUUCUACAAGGGCCUCGACUGGCCGGUCAAUAACCGCGUGGUUCUGCCCCACUUACAGACGAUGACCCUCCAACUUCGCUCUCCUUUCGACUACUACUCACUCAUGCGUUAUGUUGAUGUGCCGCAGCUUUGCCUCCUUCAGAUCGUUUUCCGCGAUGACGCAUGUAAAAAUUCUGUUCAACACUGGGAUAGCUUCCGACGCGUACUACCGCCACACAUUCCCAGUCUAAGGAUAUUCAGCAUGCCGCCAAUGGAGCUCGCAAAGGACCACCCUGAGGUCCAUCGCUUCAAUAGGAGUAUCUCCUCCAUUCUCCUUCCUGCGACCGACCUCCGCGUGCUCGAGUGCCGAACUCCUCAAAUCACGCCAGAUUUCCUCAAAGCACUCCUCCUUCGAUUUUCUCCCACCGGUCGCCUGCUAUCGGGACAGAACCCUGGACUGCUCGAGAUCAGGGUCGUGCGCGUGCACUUCUUGGACGAUCUGUCCAGAAUGUCGAAGGAGGAGGUCCGUCUCAUGGUGGGACUAUGGUUGGAUGUGAUCGAGUCGAGGUGGUGGUUGCCGAACGGAGCCCUUGAUGGUGGAAAUGACCGCAUUGGAAAGGUGAGGAGGUUGGAGGCAGUCGAUUUGGAACUGUGGGGGGAUGGAUUCAAAACGGAUAUUGAGACAGUCCCGGAAGAUUUACGGGCGCGGUAUAGGGCGUUAAGAGACGACGGUUUCAGGUUCAGCAUCAAGAACAGUGUCCUCGAUCUCGAUCCGUUUGAACUUGAAUGAUGCAAUCUCAAACCCUGUUGGGACAUAUAGCCAACGAUGAAGUCGCUUCGUUAUUUACUUUUCGCCUUCUGUCCGUAUGUUUUACGACCCUUCCACCGCUGUGGCGCUCAAUGAGGCACACAGGCGCUCGUGGCAUGACACUAGUAGUUCUUCCCCCCUCCAACGUAAAACAUGAAAUCAGAUGCGUUGUAGAAUAAAUAUGCGAAAGG